UAUUCCCUCUUAAUAUAAAAUUUUACUACAACAAAUAUUCUAAACUCAACGCAACUUAACUCGAGAUGCUUUGUCUGAAAGCAGAAGUUCUGGAUGAACAAGACUGCCUCCAACACAAUCAGCCUUCUUCUCCUAGUACUAUCAACAACAGUGGUUUCGUUCUUCCAAUUAAUUUGGGAAGUUCCAUUCAUAGAUAUUUGUGGAAAAAGGGUUGGUCUUUUUCUGCUGGAGAUGGGUCCCUUUGUCCGUCCGAUUUCGAGGUGUCUAAGCUGCCGAAUAAAACAAGAGGGGAAAAAUGUCUUUACAAAUACCAGCUUGAGCAAGAUAUUAAGAAAUUGCGACAACAAUUACAAGAAGAGAUUGACUUGCAUUUAGCUCUAGCAAGUGCUGUUGAACACUCAGAUCCAACCUUGUCAAAUUCCCCCUGCCAGCUUCCUGAUAAGGCCCAAGAUCUUUUGGAUAGCAUAGCUGUUCUGGAAAUCACUGUAUCAAAGCUUGAACAAGAAACAGUUUCCUUGCAAUACCAGCUUAGUCAGGAGAGGAAUGAACGUCGUCUUGCUGAGUAUCGUUUAAGCCAUACGUCCAGUACCGAGUUAUCCUCAUUCGACAGUUCUCAAGCUCACUUGCCACAAUUGAUCACAAGACCUCGUUGUGAGAAAAGUGUAGAAGGAGAAAUGAAAGAAAUGCAAGCACUGCCAAAUUCGAUUGAAGAGCAAAAUUACAAUGACUCUGAGGAUAAUCUUUGGCACUACCCUUGCCGACUGUCUGAAGAAAUGGUCCGGUGUAUGAGGGAUAUAUUUCUGUUCUUAGCAAAUUCGUCCAAGCUAACUUCUUCUGAGUGUAUAGCUUCACCAUCUUCACCUCAGGGCCACCUUUCCUAUUCUUCAAUGACAUCUUUCUCAGAAUCACCCAUUAUUGCAAGGAGUCCCUCAGUUGAUAUGGAAAAUGAUCCUGAUAUCUUUGCAAGAGAUCGCUCAUUUGAUCCUUACGGGGUUCCCAGAAAGGUGGACUGGACAAGAAAUAUUGGAAACUACAGUAUGGCGGUUGAAGUCUCUUGGUUGUCUGUUGGGAAGAAAGAACUUGAAUAUGCUGCUACGGCUCUCAAAAGAUUUAGGUUGUUCCUUGAGCAUUUAGCCAGAGUAGAUCUAUAUUGCAUGACUUGCAAUGAGAAGCUGGCAUUUUGGAUCAACUUAUAUAAUGCUUUGAUUAUGCAUGCAUAUUUAGCAUAUGGAGUUCCAACAAGUGAAAUGAAAUUAUUUUCAUUAAUUCAGAAGGCCGCUUAUACUGUUGGAGGGCACUCAUUCACUGCAGCUGACAUUGAAUUUAUCAUUCUGAAGAUGAAACCUCCAGCUCAUCGCCCACAAAUAGCCCUGGUUCUUGCUCUUCAGAAAUUCAAGGCAUCUGAGGAGUUGAAAAAAUAUUCAAUAGAUCAUCACGAGCCACUCCUACCUUUUGCUCUGAGCUCUGGGAUGCAUUCUUCACCUGCCGUGAGAAUCUAUCAGCCCGAAAAUGUUACCGAGUUGCUGAAAGAGUCGUUGAGAGAUUACGUGCAAGCGUCUGUUGGUAUUAGCAAUAAAGGGAAACUGUUGGUGCCAAAAUUGUUGCAUUGUUUUGCCAAAGGCUUGGUAGAGGACUCAUCACUACCUGAUUGGAUCUGUCAAUUCCUCUCUGAAGAGCAUGCUGCCAUGGUUAGAAAGUGUUCAUGCCAUCAGAAGUGGAGGCUUCCUGGUGCUCGAAGCUUCUCAGUCCUACCUUUUGAUUCAAGAUUUCGCUAUCUUUUUCUAAUGGAAGACGGAGACUGCAACAGCUUCGCCUCAGAAAUGUAAAAUUGAUCAAAUAGAUGGUUCAAAUCACCAUUGGCGGAGCAUCCAACCCUUCCAAAAAGUUACAUAUUGACCAGUAGAUUGAGGCAUUCUGAUAUCCGUCAUGAAGGCAGCAAUCCAACGAUGCCAUAGCAGAGUAUGUUUACCUUUUUGCCUGUAUAAUAUUGUUCAUUGUUGAUUAUUGAAUAUAUUUGCUUUCAUGUUCUGACUUCUUCUGAGGGGCAUUUUACAGCAGUAAUUUACUAAUUUGUAUUAAUUAAACUUUCUGAUUUGCGGGUUUGAAUCCGUUAUUGAAUAGAU